AUGUUUGCAGUAAAUACCUUUUUACGUCAAAACGUAAACAAAAAACAUCAAGAACAAUUGAGUAAGAUCAACCAAAUUAAAGAAACACCUUUCAACUCUUACCGUAGACUGUUAAGAUCCCACUUCAGCCCAAUAAUCUUAACGAUGAGUAGUAAGAAAAGCCGUAGGAGUCUACGCGACAUAGGAAACACAAUUGGACGAAAUAAUUUGCCGACUGACAAGGAUAAUGUGUUUGUGAGAUUGAGCAUGUCUCCGUCAAAAACAACGGGCCCAAGGGAGUUUUUAAAACCACCUAUGAGACUAUCGCCUAAAAAGACGGAUGGCACGAAACAUAGCACACAGCUCACACCUAACAGGAUACAGUCGCCGGAAUGCUUAAAGGGCUAUACUCCCAAAGUAACUCAAAGUCUGGAUCGACCUCAAUUCAAAAACACGAGUAACGACCUGAAGAUUCGAAGCUCCAACCACAUAACGAAUAUAAUAUUUCCUACAUCGCCGACUAAGUUGACAUUUAGUAAUGAGAAUAAGAUUGGAGGCGAUGGCUCCUUAACAAGAAUUCGGGCUCGGUUUAAGAACGGUCUUAUGUCACCUGAAAGAAUACAGCAACAGCACCAACAGCAACAGCAAAAUCUCCCUUUACAAAUCAAAAAUGGCACUGACAUUGACCAUAGUGAUGAGUUUGAAGCGAAUCCGUUUGAGGAUGAGCUCUCUGCUGGUAAAUUAAAAGGAAAAAACUUACUGAGCGAACUAAGGAAAGAAGAUGAAGGUGUGGGAAAUGGCAUAGAAUCUCUCACUAAGACAAACACGAAACUGAAUUCCAUGCUUGCAAAGGAAGGGAAGGUGCAGAAAGCUAACCUCCAGAAGAGCGUAAAAUUUAAUUUACCUGACAACAUAACCAGCGGAGAAACUACAGAGUUGAGGGACAUAAAAGACCUGCUGUCACAAAUUUUAAGGAGGCAACGAGAAAUAGAAUCGCGAUUAACAAACAUCGAACUUCAGCUCACGGAAAUACCGAGACAAAAAUAA